AUGUCCGAAGGAGUGACUUUGAAGCUCUUGAAACGUUCCUGGCCCACGCAUCAGUUGGUCACAGAAGUCGCUGCUAUUCUGCUUUCGGAGGCACUGAAGUACGACAUUCAAAUCGUUGAGCCCGAUGAAGUUAAACCUGUGGAAGACCCACAACAGAUCGCACAAGGCCGUUUUGAUGCCAAUUUCGAGCUGUGGCCACAGGGCAAGAGCAAGGAGCUGAAAGCCUGGAGCGACGACGGCCCUGCGGUGGUGACGGGUGGUCACUAUGUCCUUGCCCACAGUGGGAUAUACACCAUGAAAUACACGGUGGAGAAGUGGCCGGAGGCUGCCUUCUAUCAGCACUUGCAGAGGCCACAGAACUCCAUCUACGACUCCUCGCCAGUGAAGGGUCAGGUCCGAGUCGUGGCGAGUCGUGGCGAGUCAAGCCAAUUUGGCCCCAUUAAUGCAUCUGCAGAUCCACAGCGCCUCUGCGCCACAGCCGAAUGGAACUGCAGCGAUUUCACCUGGGCACCGCAGAAGUGUCGCAGCAACGCUUCAGCGUGUUGGGGUCAGGUGCUUGGGAGCCAACCAAGCUACAUCCAGGGCCAGAUUGAGCAACAGAUUGCCAACAACGCUUUAGGUUUGCAGGUAGCAUAUUUGACCCCCAAAGCCCUGGCGACGCACGUUUGGGAUGCCUUCGCCACUCGAAAGCAUCUGCUCUUCUACUCCUCGCAGCCCUCGGAAGGUUUCUUUGGCAUCAGCGAUGACAACUUCGUUCCAGUGGCCUUUCCUCCCGAAGGCAGUGGCUGCAACAGCUCCUACAGCACCGUUCCCACCGGCAACUUCAGUUGCCAAAUCUCCGGCCAAGCACUGCUGAAAGUGGUCUCACCAAAGUUCCAGGGCAGUUCUGAUGCUGCCCGCUUUGCGGCGCUGUUCAGCCUAAACGAGGCAGAUUUCCAGGAGCUGUUAACCACCUGGCGCCUCUAUGGGGAUGCGCGUGCAGCGGCCUGCGCCUGGUUGCAUCACACUGGACAAAAGAGGUGGGGUAACUGGAUCCUCUUCACCAAGAGGAUUCAGCUCGUUGACAGCUUCCCACCCACCCAAGGAUGUUUCCCGCACUUCUACGUUUUCGCUGGACUUGCCAUUGUCCUGUUCAUUGUGACUCGCGUUUUUUCGAUCCUCAUGCACUGGAAAAGUGAGCGACAAGCCCAGAAGAAAGCAGCACAGAAGGACCCACAGCUCACCAGUGACCUGGAGCACUUGCAGUGGCAGAUGCACAGCCGGGCUUGCAAGACACAUGUGGACCUGACCUCCAAGUUGAUUGGAUCUUCUGCCAAGCAGCAGCUCGUUGCCGUGAAGUGGGCCUUGCUGAAAGGCAGGAUGAAUUUCAUGAGUUUUUUCCGAUCCGAGGAAGACUUCUGCCAACCACUGGGACAAUCGAUGGCGCCUCCGGAUGCCUCGUCGGCCUUAGGACAGUAUUAUCAUACCAAAGUGGAGACCUUGGUCUACGUUUGCACCUCAGGCUUCGCCAAGACCUGCAUCAGUGCCUUAGUCUACACCUGUGCUGCUGGAGCGGUGGGUGCGCUUUUGUCAGAAGUGCAACGAGUGGCAGAGUUGAACCAACGAGUGGAUCCCGUGGUUCCGGCGCAGGAGCAAUACUCAAGAUUUUUGAGCAGUAUGGAGACGGUGAACCUCGUGGUGCAGGGCUUUGAUUUUUUGCCGGUCUUUCUCAUCACCUAUAUGAUAGGACAAGAUGUGAAUCGUUGGCAUGAAUGGCUGCAGAAGAUGCUACAAGUCCAGGGAAGGCUCCACGAUCUGGUCAUCAUCGUCAACAGUUCCUACCGAAAGGUCAACGAUCAGGUCAAUGCUGCGACGGAACGGAAGGCCAUUUUCAAGUGGUAUCGUUACCUGAAUGCCAUCCACUACCUGAACUAUUUGAACUUGGUUCCCAUCAUCGGCUCUGCGGAGCAAGCCAUGCACGACCUGGAAACCGUGGGGCUGCUGACGCAUGCGGAGUGCGAAAAGCUGCGUUUCUCCACGGGGAAGGUGAGGGAUACCGUCACAUCUUGGCUCGGUCGCUACUGGCAUGAAGAGCUGGAGGUGGGGAUCCGCCGGGAAAGGAGUGGUUACGACGGUUACGAGGUCAGAUGA